UUUACAUCUGCAAAUAGUGUUCUGAUCUGAUGUGCUUGAUUUGUAAUAGAUUGUAGAGACUGUGUGUUCUGCUCCUCUCUCACACCGCACACUUUGUGAGUGUUAAAUAGCAUUCACAAGUAGUGGAGUGGAGGGAAGGAGUGCGCGUCUGAGUGCGAGAAUCAGGGAUUGAUUAUGCUAUAUUUAAAAUAAAGGAUAGCAUAAAGAGCACAAGGAAGAGAACCGGAGACCUCAGGAAUUUUAAUAUCAAACGCAUACACGUCAUUAGCCUACAUCAGCGCGUGAUGCUCUCUAUGGAACAAUCUCACAGAGAAUUACAGUCGUAGCUCAUUGAUCAAACUAGACAACUAAACCAUUUCGGAAACAGACGGAAUGCAGGUAAUUCUGUUUGCAGCUACAGUGCUCUUUACGCACGACUUCGCCGUGGCCGAGCCGAAGACGAAAUGUCCAUCCAAGUGUGAUGUGAGUAAAUGUCCGAGCCCGAGCUGCCCGAGCGGGUAUGUGCCCGACCACUGCAACUGCUGUCUGGUGUGCAGCCUGAGCGAGGGCGCGCCGUGCGGGCGGAAGGAUGAUUCUCCGUGUGGCGACGGGCUAGAAUGUAAAUUUCCAGCCGGUAAGCGACUUUCCAAAGGAGUUUGCCAGUGUAAGACAAUUCACAGAGUGUGUGGCAGCGACGGAAAGACCUACGGGAAUGUGUGCAAGAUGAGGGCAGCCGCGCGUAAAGCGCAACAGCGAGGGCUCCCCGAAAUAACCCAAACGCACAAGGGUCCAUGUGCAUCAUCAAGCUCAGGUCCUGCACAUCUGAACAGCCCAAGAUACAAGUUUAACUUCAUUGCUGAUGUGGUGGAGAAGAUUGCCCCAGCUGUGGUACAUGUCGAGCUCUUCCUCAACCAUCCGCUGUUUGGCCGUCAUGUACCUCUGUCAAGUGGUUCUGGAUUUAUAAUGACACAGUCUGGUCUGAUUGUGACCAAUGCGCAUGUGGUUGCUAGCAGCACACCAGUCACAGGUCGUCAGCAUCUACGAGUGCAGCUACACGAUGGCCAGACAUACGAGGCCUCCAUCAGAGACAUUGACAAGAAGUCUGAUAUUGCCACGAUCAAAAUUAACCCAAAGAAAAAAUUACCAGUGUUAUCACUGGGUCAGUCUGCUGACCUGAGGCCUGGUGAGUUUGUGGUUGCCAUUGGCAGUCCAUUUGCGCUUCAGAACACAGUCACAACAGGCAUCGUCAGCACAACACAGAGAGAUGGAAAAGAGCUCGGCAUCCGUGACUCUGACAUGGACUACAUCCAAACUGACGCUAUCAUCAAUUAUGGAAACUCAGGAGGUCCGCUUGUUAAUCUGGACGGUGAGGUGAUCGGAAUAAACACACUAAAAGUCACUGCAGGGAUCUCUUUUGCAAUUCCAUCAGACCGAAUCAAUAAAUUCCUUGAUGAAUCUAAUGAUAAAGAGCAUAAAGUCAAACAAAGGGUAGUCAGGACAAACUUCACACAGUCUCAAGCUAUGAAGACUGCCUCAGAUGUAAAUGUCCCAAAGAAAAGAUUUAUUGGAAUCAAAAUGGUCACUUUAACAGAGAACCUAGUCCAGGGGUUAAAAUGGCAUAAUCAAGACUUUCCAGAUAUCGGCAGUGGAAUUCUUGUCCAUGAAGUUGUCCCAGACUCCCCAGCUCAGAAGGGUGGGCUCGAAACAGGUGAUAUUAUAGUGAAGCUAAACGGCCAUCCUUUGGUCAACACUGGAGAACUACAGGAGGCGAUUCAGGAAGACAUGCCCCUCCUUCUGGAAGUGCGACGUGGUAAUGAUGACCUACUAUUUAACAUUGAGCCUAAUAUCCUCAUGCAGUGACAACAUCAAAGAUGGGGAACCAGAAGAGUGAUCAGAAGGACAAGCACAAGUGAAGCAGAUUGCUAGAGACUUAAGUGUGCUUGAGUUUCUACAGAUGAAUGAAAUAAGAGGAGCAUUUGUCAUUUGUCAUCAUGUCAUUGCAUCUGGGUUUCAAAGGACAAAUGGAGGAGAAAAGAACAGUUGCCUACCGAACUACUUUGUCUUGGGUUGGACUGACUGAGAGAUCAGUAAUCAUUUAGAAAAAUAGAAUAGGCAAUUUGUCGAUACACUUCAUACAUAGGCUACUGAAUGUUUUUGGCACAUGAAGUGUAUUAUUUUAAAUUUAUAUGAUACUGUUGCUUACAGGAAAUGACAGCAGUAACAGUGUUCUUUGCGCACAGAUUUUGUCAAGGCAAUGGCUGAUAUUGUUUAUUUGAUAUAUUGUUUUAUUGAAAGCAUAAUAUUUGUAAAAUGAACAUGUAUUUUGAUAAGCGACAGCUAUUAUUUUUCAAAGUUGACUUAAAGUGUCUGACACUGUUUUACAAUUUACAAGGACUUUAAUGAUUGUAAUCAAAUGCUUAGGAUUAUCACAAUUAUUUUACUUAUUAUUUGUAUCACACAGUGAAUUCUGGAGCAGGAACAGGCAGAAGAAAUCCAGACUUCGUAACAUUAGUUCAGUCCUGUAACAUCCUACACAUAGAGGAAUAAAUAAAAACAGCAACAUUUAUUAUUUUUAUGUUUAUAUUUAUUCAUUCAUAUUCCAGAGUGAUGACAGUCUUGUGGGGAUUGGCUUUAUAGAUUGUUAUGCCAGUAAAUGACAAGAAGUAAAAAUCUUUGUGAGUGAGUCAUUUGAAUCAUUCAUUCAACCAAUUCAUUCAAAAAUAAAACUGUUUAGAUGGUUCAUUGUAUCAUUUACUUAACAGUUUUGUUCAAGAACACUGAAUCGUUCAGGAACAAAACACCACUGUAUGUUGCUUGUGUGGCAAUGGUGGCUUUGGUUGGAACUAUUUUUGGUUUGGAAACAGACAAAGCAAUAAUUGGUAAAUUUUUUCCAGUCCUCUCAAAGGCAAAGUUGAAUCAGUAGCAUAAGAAAAAAAGUUGCAGCCAUAUGAGGCUCCGUCAACAUAGAACUUCACUGUAAAAUAAAAAACAGUUUCAACUUAAAAUAAUUUGUUACCCCGCUGACUUGAAAUUUUUAGUUUAUUCAACUAAAAUAUUCCAGUUGUCCUGAGUUAAAUUGAGUUAAAGUUAAACACUUUUUGGAACAAUUUUUUUUUAUAGUGUUGUGCAUUACACCAUGCUUUUCCGUUUAUUAUUAUUGUUGUUGUGGUUAUUGUUGUGUAAACGUGCAUUAGAUGGACAUCUUUGUUUUG